AUGUCUUUACCUCAGGAACCGGUGGUUCUGGUUACAUGUGAUGUGAAGAGCCUGUAUACGGUUACACCGCUUCAAGAUAGGAUUCAAGCUAUGAGACAGAUACUUUCUGAUUCCACCUACUAUGUAGGACCCCAGGUAGAGUUCACUCUAGAGCUCCUGGAGAUUGUGCUUUCACAGAACUAUUUCCGGUUCGAAACCAGUUGGUUCAGACAGAUUGCAGGUACAUCCAUGGGUGCGGCAAUGGCACCCGUGUAUGCCAAUGGCUACAUGUACAUGUUUGAAACCUUGCACAUUUGGGAACCUUAUAAGGACAACAUCCUGAUGUACAUCUGCUAUAUCGAUGACAUCUUUAUGAUAGUCAAGGGAGACAUUGUAGAUGUUGAAGAGAUGAUUCAGUCCAGUAACUGUGCACUUCUUACAGUGAACUAA